AAAGUAAAUAAGUUGCAAUUAGAUAAUAACCGUCACAACGCGGAAAAAACAAGUUGAAAAUAAGUUGAAAUAAGCACUGACUAGUCGGCGACGGUUCAGAAAAGAAAUAACUCAGAUAAGAGAAACAUCAGACCACAGCAGCGACUGACGUAGCUGCGCCACCGCACAAAGGAGCGUAAGAACGGUGUGGUUUAACUUCCAUUGUUUUUUUUGGAUUGGUUUUCACUUUGGAUAGUUGUUUUGGAAGCAAAUCUGGUGAAAAAUUUGGAUCUUGGAAGUUUGUUUGGCUUCAAUCUGAAACCCUAAUUUUGUUCUGUUGCAAAAAGGGUUUUUUGGUCUUUUUUUGGUAUGGGAAUUGAGGAAGGAGCAAGCAGUUCUGGUAAUACUGAAUGUGCUGAAGGAGUUCAGUGUUUGAAACGUAAAGCUAUUUCUGAUGAGGUGCCGAUUUCAAAUGGAAAUGGGGUUGUUGAAGAGGCUCGAUGCUCGAAAAGUGAAGAGGUGAAUGAUGGGGCUGUAAUUUCCAAUGGGAAUUGUGUUAUUGAAGAGACUCGAUGCUCAAAAAGUGAAGAGGUGAAUGAUGGGGCUGUAUUUUCCAAUGGAAAUGGUGCUUCUGAGGAGGCUCGAUGCUCGAAAAGUGAAGCUGUGAGUGAUGGGGCUUUAAUUUGCAAUGGAAAUUGUGUUUCUGAAGAGGCUCGGUGCUCGAAAAGUGAAGCUGUGAGUGAUGGGGCUGUAAUUUCCAAUGGAAAUUGUGUUUCUGAAGAGGUUCGACACUUGGAAAGUGAAGCCAUGAGUGAUGAGGGGCCAAUUUCAAAUGGAAAUAGGGUUGUUGAAGAGGCACAACACUUGGAAAGUGAAGCCAUGAGUAGUGAUGAGGCUGUAAUUUCUAAUGGAAAUGGUGUUGCUGAAGAGGCUCGGUGCUCGAAGAGUGACGUCGUGAAUGAUGGGACAGUGUUAAUGAAUGUAAAUGGUGGUGCUGAAGUCAAUGCGGUUUUGAAAAGUGAUGGCUUGAAUAAUGGGGUGAAUGUAAAUGGUGUUACUGAAGAGGAUGGAGGCUUGAAAAGUGAACCCAUUAGCAAUGGGGCAGCGAUUUCAGAUGGGUUUGAUUCUGGUGAUGGGGGAUCUUGUGGAGUUACAUGUCUUCGAACUUAUAAGAGGCGAAAGUAUGAUAAGUCAAGUUCAAAAGGAAAAGCUCAGGAGGAUCGCAAAAAAUGCGUCGAAACUGCAAGUCAUAUAGCAGACCAGGUUGCAAAGGAACCCUUUGAUGCAACUUUAGGCAAUACAGCAGAUGAUUGUGACCAUAGACAUUGGGGAAAUGUUGUACUGAAGCAUUUACAUCAGUCAUUAGGCAGUGUCAAUGGUGGCAUAGGGGAAGCUAAAAUUGAUCGUUUAUCUCAUAGAACACGGACUGAAGCUAACGGGUAUGCACCUGUCAUGCAAAGUGGAUCUUCUAGUGAAUCCCAUGGCCAUGGUGGUACUGAGAUGUGUCAGCGUAUGCUAUGCGAAGUAUUAACCUCAGAGAUGUUCAAUUCAUUAUGCAAGACUAUAUUUGAAAACUUCCAAGGAAUAAAGCCCGAAAGUGUAGUUGAUUUUAGUGUCGUGAUCUCAAGGAUGCAGCAGAAAUUUUAUGAAAAUUCACCUGAACUUUUUUUGUCAGAUAUUCAACAGGUCUGGAGAAAGCUUCAAAAUACUAGUAACAAAAUAUUUGCACUUUCUAAGAGCCUGGUCGACUUGUCAACUACUUGCUACUCUGAGCUGGUUGGAAUUUCAGCGCAGAGCACAUCUGAAGAUGAAAAGCAAGUGGAAUCGGACGCUCACAUGAAACCGGAGGAGAUGGAAGAAUGCGCUAUCUAUAAAAUUUGCAGUUGCAGUUGUUGCAGAGAAAGGGUAGAUGGCACAGACUGUUUGGUUUGUGAUUCAUGUGAGAAGGUGUACCAUUUGUCCUGUAUUGAGCCUGCAGUGAAAGAAAUACCUCACAAAAGCUGGUAUUGUGCUAAUUGCACCACAAGUGGCAUUGGAUCUCCACACGAGAAUUGUGUAGUCUGUACGAGGUUGAAUGGCAAAAAGACUCCCAAGAAAAUAAUUGGUGAUGAAAGCCUCCCUACAAAUGAGGAAACAUUUGAUGAAUUUGAAGAGAAUUGCAGAAGCUAUAAUGGGAUUAAAUUAUAUAUGGGAAAAAAACCCAAUUGCAAAGUGUGUGGAAAUGAAUUCGUCAAAGGUGAAAAAAUAAGAAUAUGUGGUCACCCUUAUUGCCCAAGUCAAUGUUACCAUGUAAGGUGUUUGACAAGCAAACAAAUAAAUAUAUAUAGUUUUCAGUGGUACUGCCCUUCUUGUUUAUGCCAAUCUUGCCUCACCAAUCAAGAUGAUGAUCGGAUUGUCCUCUGUGAUGGCUGCGAUCAUGGACAUCACAUCUAUUGCAUGAAACCUCCACUAGUUUCUAUUCCACAAGGGAAAUGGUUCUGCAGAAAAUGUGAUGCUGGAAUCAAGGCAAUAUCCCAGGCAAAAAAGGCGUAUGAGAGUAACAAGCUAAGAACUGGUGAAUAUAUUUCUAAGACAAAUGCUAAUAACAAAAACAACUGCAGCAAUAUAUGUGUAGAAGAAUUGGAAAGUGUUGGAGGAAUGGACAUGCUUUUAACUGCAGCCAAUUGUCUUAAUUUCGAAGAGAAUUUGUCCGAAACCUAGUUUGAGUAGCAUAGAACAUGGGUUUUCUUGAAGGGUUUGUGAGCCUCUCAGUUAUUGUUAGUAAUGACUUUAACAUCGUUAACUGUUGAUACUUGAUACCCAACUAUUUCACAUUUUGUGUAUUUUUUUUGGAUAACUGAUAUUUUGGUAGAUUGUAUAACAUCGGUAGAUUUCCUGACUUUUGAAUACACGAAGUAGAAAGACAGGACUAUAGAGGGUAAAAAGUAAAAGGCAUAAUCAGAAAUUGUUGUAAGUGCUAUGUGCUAUCUGCAAGAGCAAGCAGGUCAGAUACUGUAGUAUAAUGUGGUUCAUAAAAAAUUUAAUUGACUGCUUUGCGUUUCAUGCAGUGUGUAGUAUUUUGAGUUGGGAUGUUAUAAGCCAACAUUUCUUAAAUUUGUACAAUUAAUUUCAUCUACUUUGAAUGUCAAAAGAUUGAACAGUUUAAAAUCAAUAUUUCAUUACAUUUCUGUAUUAA